AAGUUUCUGCUGGGGUGAGGGGGUGGGAAAUAGGAAUCGGCUGGCUUCUUAACCACUUCCAGAAGGACUUGGCGCUUCCAAUCGCCAAGCUGAUUCCUGAUCCCACUGCCAACUUGGAGUUGCUUUCUGGAGAGUUUUUUCCACCUGUCCAUCUGUUUUUCCAGCUUCCAAAUUACGGAUGCUGCCUCCUCUGCCAUAGUUCUCAUCCUCGUGGACUCAGGUGUUUUAAAAAAUUCCCUCUCCUCUCUUAGAGCAGGGUUUCAGAAGGGAGCAAAAGUGGAUGCACGUGUGCAUUUCUCCAUCUCUACCUGGAGCUUCAUUAUGGAGAUCGUUGUCAUGAAGACCUGGGCAAUCACAGGAGUCCCGCACUGAGGCGGAAACACGGAGCUUAGGGCCGAGGGACAGAGCCACGGUGUGUCCCCAGGGCUGCCUCGCCCUCAUCCAGGUCCAGCUCCCAGCUGCUGGAGGGUCCUCCCCUCCCGCCUGUAGUCUGGGCAGGCGGCAGUCAUGAGGUCGAUUGUCAGGAUCCCAGGGCCAGCUCGGCUAGGGGCAGGGCCAGGUGUUGGACAAACAGAUCAAAGGUGAGACAGUACGCGAAUCCAGACCAGGCCUGGACAGCUGGACGGGCGCGCCAUGAGGCGGGUGGGAGCCCCCCACAACCUCGCCGGCCGGGGUGAGGGCCGAGAGCAGACCUCCAGGCCCUCACCAGCCCCCCGUGCUGCCCUCCGGCCGCUGAUCCUCUUGGGCCUGCUGUGGGGCUCGGCAGCCACAGCCAUGGGCCCGCAGUGGCCCAAGCCCGUGUUCGGGCGCCUGGCAUCUCCCGGCUUCCCAGGGGAGUAUGCCAACAACCAGGAGCAGCGCUGGACCCUGACUGCACCCCCAGGUUACCGCCUGCGCCUCUAUUUCACCCACUUCCACCUGGAGCUCUCCUACCUCUGCGAGUACGACUAUGUCAAGCUGAGCUCAGGAGCCAAGGUGCUGGCCACGCUGUGUGGGUGGGAGAGCACAGACACGGAGCGGGCCCCUGGCAACGACUCCUUCUACUCGCUGGGCUCCAGUCUGGAUGUCACCUUCCGCUCUGAUUACUCCAACGAGAAGCCGUUCACGGGCUUUGAGGCCUUCUACGCAGCCGAGGACAUCGAUGAGUGCCAAGUACCCCCAGGACAGGCACCCACCUGUGACCACCACUGCCACAACCACUUGGGCGGCUUCUACUGCUCCUGCCGUGCGGGCUAUGUUCUCCACGAGAACAAGCGCACCUGCUCAGCCCUGUGCUCAGGCCAGGUCUUCACCGACCGGUCUGGGGUGAUCAGCAGCCCUGAAUACCCACAGCCAUACCCCAAACUCUCCAGUUGCACCUACAGCAUCCGCCUGGAGGAGGGCUUCAGUGUCAUCCUGGACUUCGUGGAGUCCUUCGACGUGGAGACGCACCCCGAAAUCCAGUGCCCCUACGACUCCCUCAAGAUUCAAACAGACAAAAAGGAAUACGGCCCAUUUUGUGGGACGACAUUGCCACGCAGGAUUGAGACCAAGAAUAACUCCGUGACCAUCUCUUUUAUUACUGAUCAGUCCGGGGACCACACAGGCUGGCAGAUCCACUACUCCAGCAUAGCCCAGCCUUGCCCUGAUCCGGUGGCGCCACCUAAUGGCCACAUCUCACCUGUGCAAGCCAAGUACAUCCUGAAAGACAGCUUCUCCGUCUUCUGCAAGACAGGCUAUGAGCUUCUGCAGGGUUAUGUGCCCCUGAAAUCAUUCGCUGCAGUCUGUCAGAAAGAUGGAUCUUGGGACCAAGUGAUGCCAGAAUGCAGCAUUGUCGACUGUGGUCCUCCUGAUGACCUACCCAAUGGCCAAGUGGAGUACGUCACAGGUCCUGAAGUGACCACAUACAAAGCUGUGAUUCAGUACCGCUGUAAUGAGACCUUCUACACGAUGAGAACUGAUGAUGGUAAAUAUGUGUGUGAGGCUGAUGGAUUCUGGACAAGUUCCAAAGGAGAAAAAUCACUCCCAGUCUGUGAGCCUGUUUGUGGAAUAUCAACUCGUACUACGAGAGGUCGUAUAUAUGGAGGGCAGAAUGCACAGCUGGGUGAUUUUCCUUGGCAAGUCCUGUUACUAGGUGAAACUAUAGCAGCAGGUGCGCUUCUGUACGACAGCUGGAUCCUGACAGCUGCUCAUGCUGUUUACGGGCACAAAGAAGAUGCCCCCUCCCUGGACAUCAGAAUGGGGAUCCUGAAGAGGCUGUCACCUCAUUACACACAAGCCCAGGCAGAGGCCGUUUUUAUACAUGAAGGUUACACUCAUGAUGCUGGUUUUGAUAACGACAUAGCACUGAUUAAACUGAGGAACAAAGUUGUAAUCAAUAGCAACAUCAUGCCUGUUUGCUUGCCAAGAAAAGAAGCUGAAUCCUUCAUGACGACAAAUGACAUUGGAACCGCAUCUGGGUGGGGAUUAACCCAAAGGGGUUUUCUUGCCAGAAAUCUAAUGUUUGUUGACAUACCAAUUGUGGACCAUCAAAAAUGUACUGCUGUCUAUGAGAACAAGCCCUAUCGAGGGGCAAGGGUAACUGAUAACAUGCUUUGUGCUGGCUUGGAAAGUGGGGGCAAGGACAGCUGUAGAGGUGACAGUGGAGGGGCAUUAGUGUUUCUAGAUAAUGAGACACAGAGGUGGUUUGUGGGAGGAAUAGUGUCCUGGGGUUCCAUUAAUUGUGGGGAAGCAGAUGAGUAUGGGGUCUACACAAAAGUUAUUAACUAUAUUCCCUGGAUUAAGAAAAUAAUUGAUAAUUUUUAAUUUGCGGAUCUUCAAUCAGUAAAUGAUUCCUUGAAAAAUAACCUAUAAAAGAUCUUAGCACUAAUGACCUGACAAACAUUAACACGGCAGUUUGUCGGUUGCCAAGACUUUCAUCUUUUCCUGAUGCGAGGGGACAUACAGCAUUACGGUAAUACCCAUCUUUGCCAAUGCAAUAGAAAUUCACUGGUUAAAUGUGCAUUGAAAUUACUUAUGAAGUCCAGUAUCUUUUUGUACUGGCCUUUUUGUCUGCAUUUCUGGAAAUUGCCUGUUCAUAUUCUUUGACUACUUUUUUUGGUUUUGGACUUGUUCUUAUUGCUCUCUAAGACAGCUUUAUAUAUUACAGCAAUACUGGUUCAGGAAUUACCUUGAAUCAUGGAUUUUUUUUUUUUGUAGAUGAACUGGAAACAUCAAUAUUUUAGCCUAGGUACUGAUUUCCAUGUUAAAAACCACAAAACAGUGAGAUAUACUUUUUCACUCAUCAAAUUGACAAAAAGUACAUGGAAUAGCACUAAUUCACAUUGUCAAAGACAACAUAAAUAUUCUAAAGGACAAUUUGGCGAUAUAUUUCAAAAGCAUUCAAAGCAUGCAUAGUCUGGCCUAGUAAUUCCAAUGCUAAGAAUUUAAUUUAGCUAUGAGGAUGAUCCCAGCACUUGGACAUAACAUAAAUAAUGCUCAAUUCAGAAGACUGUUGAAUCGAAUGUGGCAUUUCCAUACGACGAAAUACGACAUUAGAAAUAAAUGGUGGUAUUACAAACC